UCAAUAAAUGUUUAAGGAUUGACUAUGUCAGAAUUACCCAACUUGAGUUAUGAGUACGAAUGAAAAUUUUUUUUCUCGAGUUCGAGCCGUAUGAGGAUAAAACCUCUUAUACGUUUCUGGGGGAGAUUGUUUAUGUGCAUCUAUCCCAAUGAGCCAUCUAUCGAAUCGUUGCAAUUGAUGUUCGAUCCCGACGAGAAGGGAGAGAUCUUCGAAAAGUGGGUUUUUAUGAUCCGAUAAAUAAUCAAACUUAUUCAAACGUUCCUGCUAUUCUAUAUUUCCUUGAAAAAGGUGCUCGACCAACAAGAACUGUUUCUGACAUUUUUAGGAAAGCAGAUUUAUUUAAAGAAAAAAUUUCGAGUUAGUUAAAGUUAAUUAGUUAAAAUGAAAAGUUAAUUAAAAGAAAAAAGACCAAAAUAAAGAAAAAAGGGGGGAGGAAUAAAUAUAUAUAGUGUAAUUAUUUACAUUUACCUACAAUUUAUUAUCUAUAAUUUGUCCUUUUCCUGUUAUAGGAAUCCAGCAACAAACAAGGAAUUAAUCUUGUUUAUCCUUUAUUGAUUGAAUAAACCUGUCUGUCUUUAUCUCUUCCUUAUUUUAUAAAAAUUUAUGAUUUAUUUAUAUUUUUUUGUUUGUGCCAAUCCAACAAAAAUAUUUAUUUGAUUUACUUCAGUUUUUUAUUCGUUUUAUCACCAUUCUAGUCAUAUUUAUAUUGACAAUGUUAUAUUAAACAAAUAUAAUUGAUCGUAGAUAAAGAAAUCUUCUUAUCCCGACCCUAUCCUAUAUUGUAUUAUUGGAUUUGGUUUUCAAUUCACUUCAGUCAAAUGACGGGUUUGUAUUGCCGGGUUUACUGUCAUAGAAGAUGUUUUUUUUUCCUUAACUCGGGUUAAAUAAAAAAAUGUAUAAAUAAAUGGUUGGUCCGUCGGAAUUUUGGCAUUUCUAUUAGGAAUUUAGUGCUUUUUACUAUGAUCUAUACAUUUUUUCUAAUUGAUCAAUAAAUCAACAAGAAAGAUUUGUUCUUAGUUCAAUGUUUUGAUGGGGUCGCGCAGUCUAAUUCAAUUGGUUUUUUAUUUCGAUCGUAUCUACAUAUCCGACUUUAAUUUUGAAGGGUUGGGUUGCUAACUCAACGGUAGAGUACUCGGCUUUUAAGUGCGACUAUGAUCUUUUACACAUUUUGAUGAAGCAAUAAAUUCGUCCAGACUUUUGGUAGAGUCUAUAAGACCACGACUGAUCCUCAAAGGUAAUGAAUGGAAAAAGCAGCAUGUCGUAAUACAUAAUAUAAUAAAAAUAAAACUAUAAAUCUAUUAUUUUAUUUUUAUUGAAAAAAAUUCAAAUUUAUAGUUUGGUCUAGUGAAUAAAUGGAUAGAGCUUCAUGGCUCCAAUUCCAAUUCUGAUAAACCAAAAAGCAACGAGCUUAUGUUCUUAAUUUGAAUUAAAUGAUUACCCGAUCUAGUUUUAGACGUUAAAAAUGGAUUAGUGCCUGGUACGGGAAAGGAUGGGGUCUCCCGUGAGGAGACCAUUGAUUCUUUUUCUUUUAUGAAUCCUAAAUAUUUAUUAUUAUGGGUUAGAGACGAUUGUGUAAAAGAAACAGUAUACUGAUAAAGAUAAUUAAUUCCAAAAUCAAAAGAGCAAUCAGGUUGCAAAAAUAAAGGGUCAUUAUCCUCUUGUAAUUAUAACGAAGAUAAACCAUUUUUGCUAGAAAAAGGGGAGUAAAAAAACCUAUUGAUUGGAUUUCCUCUUUCCUUUACAGGUUUAUUAUUAUUAUUGUAAUUGUAUAUAUACAUAAUCUUCUUUAUUAUACAUAAUAUACAUAAUACUCUGUUUUGACCAUAUUGCACUAUGUAUCAGUUAUUUUAUAACUCAAGAAAUUCUUUCUACCUUUGCUUCACGUGGAAAUAUAAAUGGAAGAAUUACAAGGAUAUUUAGAAGAAGAUAGAUCUCGGCAACAACAGUUUCUAUAUCCACUUCUCUUUCAAGAAUAUAUUUACGUAUUUGCUUAUGAUCAUGGGUUAAAUAGUUCAAUUUUUUAUGAACCCCAAAACUCCUUGGGUUAUGACAAUAAAUUUAGUUCAGUACUUGUGAAACGUUUAAUUAUUCGAAUGUAUCAAAAAAAUUAUUUGAUUUAUUCGGUUAAUGAUAUUUACCAAAAUAUAUUUGUCGGGCAUAACAAUUAUUUUUAUUUUAAUUUUUUUUCUCAGAUUCUAUCUGAAGGUUUUGCAGUCAUUGUAGAAAUUCCAUUUUCGCUGCAGUUAAUAUCUUCCCUUGAAGAAAAAGAAAUACCAAAAUCUCACAAUUUACAAUCUAGUCAUUCAAUAUUUCCUUUUUUAGAGGAUAAAUUAUUGCAUUUAAAUUAUCUGUCCGAUAUACUAAUACCCUAUCCCGUCCAUAUGGAAAUCUUGGUCCAAAUACUUCAAUCCUGGAUCCAGGAUGUUCUCUCUUUACAUUUAUUGCAGUUCCUUCUCCACGAAUAUUAUAAUUGGAAUAGUCUCAUUAUUCCGAAAAAAUCUAUUUACGUAUUUUCAAAAGAAAAUAAAAGACUAUUUUGGUUCUUAUAUAAUUUAUAUAUAUAUGAAUACGAAUUUCUAUUAGUGUUUUCUUGUAAACAAUCCUCUUUUUUACGAUUAAUAUCUUCUGGAGUCCUUCUUGAGCGAAUACAUUUUUAUGUAAAAAUAGAACAUCUUGGAGUGUACCGAAUUUUUUGUCAGAAGACUCUAUGGAUUUUCAAGGAUCCUUUCAUACAUUAUAUUCGAUAUCAAGGAAAAUCGAUUCUGGGUUCAAGAGGGACUCAUUUUUUGAUGAAGAAAUGGAAAUACCACCUUGUUAAUUUUUGGCAAUAUUAUUUUCAUUUUUGGUCUCAACCAUAUAGGAUUGAUAUAAAGAAAUUAUCAAACUAUUCUUUUUAUUUUCUGGGUUAUUUUUCAAGUGUACAAAUUAAUUCUUCGAUGGUAAGGAAUCAAAUGCUAGAGAAUUCAUUUCUAAUGGAUACUCUUACUAAGAAAUUUGAUACUAUAAUCCCGAUUAUUCCUCUUAUUCGAUCAUUGUUUAAAGCUCAAUUUUGUACCGUAUCUGGGUAUCCUAUUAGUAAACCAAUUUGGACCGAUUUAGCGGAUUGUGAUAUUAUUAAUAGAUUUGGUCGGAUAUGUAGAAAGCUUUCUCACUAUCACAGUGGAUCCUCAAAAAAACAGAGUUUGUAUCGAAUGAAGUAUAUACUUCGACUUUCAUGUGCCAGAACUUUGGCCCGUAAACAUAAAAGUUCAGCACGCAGUUUUUUGCAAAGAUUAAGUUCGGGAUUAUUAGAAGAAUUCUUUACGGAAGAAGAACAAGUUAUUUUUUUGAUCUUUCCAAAAAUAAUUUCUUUUUAUUUAUAUGGAUCAUAUAGAGAACGUAUUUGGUAUUUGGAUAUUAUCCGUAUCAAUGACCUGGUAAAUUGUUUAUUAGUCACGACAUAAUACAAUACAAUAUAAAUAUAAGAUCCAUAGAAGAUGUACAAAUGAUCUAUAUUUAUACUAUGGAUCAAGAGAAAAAAUAUUCAGAGAAUUAUCAUUCUGAAAUGCUCAUGUAGUACUGUACUGCUUGAAUCAACUGAGUAGUAAAAAUUCUUAUUUGCACUUUACUUUCUUCUCGGGAUGUUUUUUAUUUAUAUGUAUACAUAGGGAAAGUCGUGUGCAAUGAAAAAUGCAAGCACGUUUUGGGGAGGGAUUUGUUACCUAUUAUACUAAAAGGAAAAAUAUCUACUCCAUCCGACUAGUUCCGGGUUCGAGUCCCGGGCAACCCAUAGAAAAAAUACAAAAAAAUAUUUAUUUUUUUUAUUCACUUCAUUUACAA